UUGUUAGCCGUAUCCUUACUAAAUUGAAAAGUAUAAAUAAUUAUCUAUAUAAUACAAAAUGGAUGUACGAUGUAAAUCAUCAUCUCGGGAUUCUGUGCUCUGGCAUAGUUGACCAUAGCUAA